AAAUAUAUUAAUUUAAAAAAAAAAAAAACAUAUGCAAACACAAGUCGAAACAAAAGACGAAUAAAAAAAAGAUCAAACUGUGGAAUAAACAACGGUUGAAACCAAUUGGUUUGAAUCAGUUGAUUCUUUCCACAAAUUAGGACUUAAAGAAGAACUCCUUAGAGGAAUUUAUGGUUACGGUUUUGAAAAACCUUCACUUAUUCAACAAACUGGUAUUAUUCCAAUUGUCAAAGGAAGAGACACUAUUGCUCAAGCUUAAUCCGGUACAGGAAAGACUGCUACAUUUUCUAUUGGAACAUUAUAAGUAAUUGAUACAAGUUCUAACCAUACUCAAGCUUUAAUAUUAGCUCCGACAAGAGAAUUGGCUUAAUAAACAAUUACAGUUAUAAUGUAUCUUGGAGAAUACUUAAAAGUAACCGCAUAUGCCUGCACAGGAGGUACUGACCCAAAAGAAGAUAAGAAAAGACUCCGUGAAGGUGUUUAAGUAGUAGUAGGAACCCCAGGUAGAGUAUUAGAAAUGAUCCAAAAAGGUUUUUUGACUACCGAUCACUUAAAAUUGUUUGUAUUAGAUGAAGCAGAUGAGAUGUUAGGAAGAGGAUUUAAAGAUUAAAUUAACAAAAUUUUCUAAAAGCUUCCUGGAGACAUUUAAGUAGCUUUGUUUUCUGCCACUAUGCCUCCUGAUAUUCUUGAAAUCACUAAAUAAUUUAUGAGAGACCCUGCAACAAUUCUCGUUAAAAACGAUGAACUUACAUUGGAUGGUAUUAAAUAAUAUUAUAUAGCACUGGAUAAAGAAGAAUGGAAGUUUGAUACACUUGUUGAACUUUAUAAUAAUAUUGAAAUUGCCUAGUGUAUAAUUUAUUGCAAUACAAAAAAAGAGUAGAUGAUCUUUCCUAAAAAUUGAAAGAAAAAUAAUUCACUAUUUCUUCCAUGCAUGGUGAAAUGUAAUAAUAAGAAAGAGAUUUAAUUAUGAAAGAAUUUAGAACUGGUACUUCCAGAGUUUUGGUAACUACAGAUUUACUAUCUAGAGGUAUUGAUGUCUAUUAAGUUAAUUUAGUCAUUAAUUAUGAUUUGCCCCUUAAAAAAGAAUCUUAUAUUCAUAGAAUUGGUAGAUCAGGACGUUUUGGUAGAAAGGGAGUAGCUAUUAAUUUCGUAGUACCUUCUGAUGCCAAGUUCCUUAAAGAAACUGAAAAAUAUUAUCAAACUUAAAUUGUUGAAAUGCCUUUGGAUGUCUCUGAAAUUUAUAAUUGAGUAUCUUUUUAUUUUAGAUUUUUUAUAUAUUAUUAUAAUAUAUAUAUAUAUUUAAAAAUAAAUAAUAUUGGUGUAUUUUUUUUUUUAUUUUUG